AUGGGGAAAGGCGGUAGGGGCAAGUCUGGUGCUGGAGAUGUCGGCAAGCAAGGCAAAGGAGGCCUGCGUGUCCCGUCGGCUGCCGACCUCGAGAAGGAGCUCGCGCUGUACUCUGCCCUUUGGACCUGCGGGUCCUGCGGCUGCAAGAAGAACGAGAUGCGCCGGAGGCGCUGCAAGCACUGCGGCACCGAGUGGACCCCGUUCCAGCCAUGCUCACCUCCCAUGUUUGGGGCGCCUGGUGGAGUAAGGUCGAAUGGUCUCGGUGGAAGUGCCAGCCCCUUCGCGUCCUCUGGUCCGCCUGGUUGCUUUGCGCUGGCCGACAGCGGAGGUGGCACGGGUGGUGCAGCUCCUGCGGCCCAAGCUCGCGCUCCCGCUAAUGCUCUCUCCCGCGAAGAGCAUGCGACGCUGGCGGAGCUGCUUGCCAAGUCGGGUGAUGCGCUGGGUGCAGCGCGGCGCCGCGAGCCGGCCAAGCCCCCGCCCGCCGCGAAGGAGCCCGCGCUGCAGCACCAGGUGUCCAAGGCCCACAGCAAGCUUCGCGGCCUCGAACGCAAGCUUCAAGGUGCUGCACAGCGCUUCGAGGAGUGGUCGCUGCAGAUGGUCGAGCAGAAGGGCUUGGUCACCAAGCUCACUGAGGAGGUGGAGGUGGCUGAGGCUGAGCACCGCCGCCUGGUCGCAGCCCUGCAUGAGCAGACGAUCCAGUCCCGCCAGAACGACGGCGAGGCCAAGUCAGUGCCUUGCUCCCUGGCUGCGGUCAUGGACGGCACUUUCUCGCGGCAGCUGGACAUCGACCCCUCGGAGCUGCUGGUUGGCAUGGAGGACUUUGAGCUGUCCCAGGCUGACCAAGAGGAGCUCGAGGCGAGGGGCAAGCAGCUGCGUGAUGGCAUUCAAGAGCUGACUCAAAAGCUUCUCGCACAGGCCAAGGAGACGGCCAACAAUAUCAAGGAGGCGCAUGAGGAGCACCUCGGGCGCCUUGCCAACCAAGAAGCGGAAGGUCGCCGAGCCUGA